UCGUCAUUAGAGCUACAAAUAGCGGAAGAAGAUAAAAUCGUGAUUGCGUCCUCCAACUAAUGACAACCACUGUAUAUAUAAAAAAGCACAAUUCGUUCAUUAGUGCAAAAUGAUGAAUUUUGUGAGUGUUAUCCUGUCCGUGGUGGCAUGCUAUCACGUGACACAAGCCAAGGUGACUGUGACCAAAUUCGAAAAUUGUGACAACAAUGCCGACUAUCCGAUCAAAAUGACGUUUAAACUGAAGCAAGGCGGCGACGGAAUGCAGGUUUUGGAGGAAGGGAGUCUCUCCACCAAAGUGCCACUCGGGAACGACAUUCUUGACAUUGCUGACGUGUCAUACAAGGAGGAUAAUGGAGCCUACGAACACCUGAUAACAAUCAAAGAAAACCUCUGUGACGCUGUUAAUAAAUAUAUGGGCGAGUUUAUGCAUGACAUUCAGGAAGCAGCAGGCCUUGAGCGCGGGAAAUGUCCCGUACCCCCUGGCGACUACAAAAUCAAGGACCACACUCUCGACUUCCAAAAAUUCAAGUUCAAGAAAAUCCCAGAUGGGGAAUUCCUGGUCAAAGUGAGCCUACUUGAUGCGAAAACAAACGAAACUCUCAAUUGUCACAACCUCGAAUUUACUAUUGAAAAGUGAUUAAAUAAAAUACUUACGAUAUA